AUGGUAGUGAAGCAACCCUUUUGUUUGUACGAAUUGACUCUAUAUGAAAGCAAUACUAAAUGUGCAAAAACACCUCUGGUUGAACUUCGAAAACGACAGAUUGCAACUAAUAUUGAAAUGACUACUUUCUUGCCGUCCUCUUCAUCAACAAUCAAGAUAUCAGGAUGUGAACCAGAAAUGGAGCAAACUCUCAAGGAUGCACCCAAUAUGCAAGCAAAGAUACUUUUUUAUACAAAUAAUCUGUAUCUUACCUGA